AUGGGUAAGGCGCCUCCGAAGUGGUUACCAGGGGAGCGGGUGAAGGAGACGAUUUUGCUCCAACGUAAGUCCGUAGAACAGCUUAGGGUUGACCGUGUGCUACGUCGGGAUAAACUCAAGGAACAGCGCGAGCGGCGAAAGGCGAAGCUCGAUGCCAAACGCAAGAAAAAGCUCACCACCAAGAAGUUCAUUUCCGCCCAGACCAUUUUGAAACACGCGCAGCGCAAGGAGCGUCAAGGGAAGCACUUCCGAAAGAUCGGUGAAAAAGUGGAAGGUCGCCGGGGGCGCUCCGACAAGAAGCGUUUCGAGGCCUAUCUGAACGACAGCCGGGUGGUGCUGAUCGUGCGGGCAAAAGGAAGCCAAAUCCCGCCGGAGGUGGCGGCCGCCUUUCGCUCGUUAGGGCUGCAUAAGUUAUACGCCGCACGACUGAUGUACGCGGGAAAUCCUCGCACCCACAAGCUGAUCAAACAGCUGCAACCCUUUUGCAUCCUCGGCCACCCCGAUCGCGAGCAGCUCGACGCGUUGCUACGCACCCGAGGCUGCAUUUACAACCCGGAAACGAAGACGAGGCGGUUUAUGAGCAGCAAUCUUCUCAUCGAGCGCGCCCUCGGGGUGUACGGCGUGUUGUGUGUGGAGGAUCUCGUGGAGACGAUCGCGAACCGCACGGAGUUCAUCUCGGAGGUGCUCAAACGCAUCGCGCCCUUCGACUUCCACCCACCCCGCCAGCUCUUCCUUGAGCGGCAUCGCUCCGUGCAUCAGAAGCUCGAGGUACUUAAUAAAGACUCCUUCGCGGCGUACUUGGCGGAUGAGCUGCGGAGUACGGCGAGGCGGGAGCGAAAGCACUCCGCUAGCGCUCUCACCGCGGCGGAAAGCAACCCAGCGGAGGGCAGCGGGGCCCCCACGAAACGCGCGCGAAGGGAGCGCUAA